GCGAAUGAAGUCGGGUGGAAGACGGUGCGCAAGCGCGGGAGAAAGGAGGGCGGCCGGCAGCGUAGUGCGCAGGCGCAGAAGGUCGUGCGCAAGCGCGGGAGGCAGCAGGGCGGCGGUGGCAGCAGGAGCCGCGUGAGGAGGAGGAGGAGGAGGAGGACGACGACGACGACCACGACGACCACCACCACCACCACCUCCUCAUGGCGUCGAGCGCCAAGCGGAGGGCGGUGGGCAGCGGGGCCCCGAGGCCCGUCGGCGCCCGGCGGGGGCCCGCCCCAAAGCCCCACGGGGACCAGCCCGACCAGGAGGACGAGCAGCAGCAGGACGAGCAGCAGCAGGACGAGCAGCAGCAGGACGAGCAGGAGGCCCGUCAGGGCCACGACGGGCUGGGCAGGGACGACGGCGACACCGACGACGACGACGAAGACGACGACGAAGACGACGAGGAAGAGGAAGGAAUCGAUGAGGAGGUGAAUGUCGAAUUUGAAGCUCAUUCAAUCUCAGAUCAGGAUUACAACGGGAUAAAGAAAUUACUGCAGCAGCUGUUUCUGAAAGCCGCGGUGAACGUCGCCGAGCUGACCGGCCUCUUAAUUCAGCAGAGUCACAUCGGGAGCGUCAUCAAGCAAACAGAUGUCCCAGAGGAGAGUGAGGACGAGAGGGAUUCUGAUGACGAAGAGGAGAUCUUCGGCUUCAUAAGUCUCCUGAAUUUAACGGAGAGAAAGGGGACGCCGUGCGCGGAGCAGAUCGAAGCGCUGCUGCUGGACCUGUGCCGGAAGAGCGGCGAGCGGCAGGCGGCCGCGCGGCUCCAGGACUUCCUAGCCGACGCCUCCCGGCCCGUCGGGCUGAUCCUCAGCGAGCGCUUCCUCAACAUGCCUCCCCAGGUCGCCCUGCCCCUCCACCUGCAGCUCCGGAAAGAGCUGGCGGAGACGCAGAAGACCAACAAGCCGUGCGGGAGGUGCGCGUACUUCCUCCUCCUCAGCAAGACGUUCGUGGCCCCGGCUCCGGGCCGGGCCGGUGGCGACGGCAAGCGGGGGGGUCCCCGCCGGACCCCGGACCUCAUGUUUGCCAACGCGGAGGAGGAGUUCUUCUAUGAGGCCCACGCUCUUGGCACCAGACCACGCUGCCUCUCGGUUUCGUCUCGGGGAUCCUCCGCUUUUCAGUCAGAAAGCCCUCCUGAAGUUCAGCUACUCGGUGCAGGAGGAGAGCGACUCGUGCCUGGGCGGCAGGUGGUCUUUCGCCGACACGCCCAUGAAGCCCAUGCGGACGGUCAUGCUCGUCGCCGCCGCCGAGAUGGACGCCAUCAUGGACAAGCUGAAAGAACAUCUGGCCGUCUGACCCGUGGGGAGGACGGGGCGGGGAAACGCCCAUCUCGUUUCCCGGGGAGGGACCGACUGGUCGGGCGCUAGAGGCCCCGCCGUCCACCGCGAACUCUCCGCCCGUGGAUUUCAGAUCUCGGAAACGAAGCCGAGAGACUAUUUAUUGCCUUUUCUCAGUGACAGAGCGGUACAGGGUGUUUUCCUCUUAA